CGUCGUUGAAGAGCCAGGGAUGGAUAGUCGGAGAAACCUAGUUACUGAAUUGCCCAUGUCCAAGGGCCGUAACAUAGUCUGAUCCGAUGGCAUUUUCGUCAUUUAGAAAUUCCUCGAUUCCCGAAAUAGUCUCAUCUGUCUCAAGCCGCAUCCUCCCCUUGUCCCCUCACCCCACCCCUGCAUUACAAAAUCACUCUCUCUCUCUCAAAUCUGCUCCGUUUGGAAACGGCUCCGUCAGCCAAUUGAAAACCGCAGAGGCAUAGUAUGAACUCGUCGAAGAUGCGCCGGAAAGUGGCCCCCGCGGCGGCGCCGGAGGGCGACUCCGCCGACAAGUUAGACCAGCUCCUCCUGUCCGCCGCCAUCUGCAACGGUGAAGACCUCGGUCCAUUCGUCCGCAAGGCCUUCGCGUCCGGCAAGCCGGACUCCCUGGUCCACCACCUUCGUCAUUUCGCGCGAUCCAAGGAGUCCGAGAUCGAAGAUGUCUGCAAAGCACACUACCAGGACUUCAUCCUGGCCGUCGACGAGCUCCGAUCCCUCCUCUCCGAUGUCGAUUCCCUGAAAUCCGCCCUCUUCAGUUCCAAUUCUCAACUCCAGCACGUCGCAGGCCCGCUUUUGUCCUCUCUCGACUCCUUCGUCGAGGCUCGGAACAUCUGCAAGAACGUCACUCUGGCGCUCGACUUGGUUCGCGCCUGCGUCCAGUUGAUGGAGCUUUGUUCGCGAGCUAAUAACCACCUUUCUUCGGACAACUUCUACAUGGCGUUGAAGUGUGUGGAUUCCAUCGAGAGGAGCUUCCUUGACAAAACGCCGUCUUCCACGCUUCGUAGAAUGCUCGAGAAGCAGAUCCCGGCGAUCCGGUCGCACAUCGAACGGCGAGUCAACAAGGAGUUCGGCGAUUGGCUCGUCGAGAUCCGUAUAGUGAGUCGCAAUUUAGGUCAACUUGCGAUAGGACAAGCCUCCGCUGCGAGGCAGAGGGAAGAAGAGCUGCGCAUGAAGCAAAGACAGGCCGAGGAACAGAGUCGACUCAGUUUAAGGGACUGUGUUUAUGCUUUGGAAGAAGAAGACGACGAUGGGCUGGGCGGAAUCGGCGACGACGGCAAGGACGGUUACAGUAACGGAGGGAAUAGGAUUUUAGGUUUUGAUUUGACGCCACUCUAUAGAGCGUAUCAUAUACACCAGACGCUAGGUCUCGUAGAUCGGUUCAAACAGUAUUAUUUCGAGAACCGAAAGCUUCAAUUGACAUCAGAUUUUCAGGUAUCUUCCAUGACACCCUUUCUGGAAUCCCAUCAGACCUUUUUUGCUCAAAUUGCUGGAUUCUUUAUUGUUGAAGAUCGGGUUUGGAGGACUGGGGGACGGUUGAUAUCCAAAAUGGAAGUAGAGAACUUAUGGGACACUGCCGUGAGUAAAAUGUGUUCUGUAUUAGAAGAUCAGUUCUCUAGGAUGCAAACAGCGAAUCAUUUGUUGUUGAUAAAGGACUAUGUGAGUUUGCUUGGAGUGACACUGCGUAGAUAUGGGUACCUAGUUGAAGCUUUGCUUGAUGUGUUGAGCAAGCACAGGGACAAGUACCACGAGCUAUUGCUGUCAGACUGCCGCAAACAGAUUUCAGAAGCACUUGCUGCUGAUAAGUUGGAGCAGAUGUUGAUGAAGAAAGAAUAUGAGUACUCAAUGAAUGUGCUUUCAUUUCAGAUACAAACUUCUGAUAUAAUACCUGCAUUUCCAUAUGUUGCACCAUUUUCUUCUACAGUGCCUGAUUGUUGCCGAAUAGUGAGGUCAUUUAUUGAGGAUUCAGUGAGUUUCAUGUCAUAUGGUGGGCAGCUUGAUUUCUAUGAUGUUGUGAAGAAGUAUUUGGAUCGGCUUCUCAAUGAGGUGUUAGAUGGGGCAUUGUUGAAACUUAUAAGUACAUCCAUCUAUGGAGUCUCUCAGGCAAUGCAAGUGGCAGCAAAUAUGGCUGUAUUGGAGCGUGCUUGUGAUUUCUUCUUUCGUCAUGCAGCUCAGCUUUCAGGUAUCCCUUUGAGAAUGGUGGAGAGGAGUAGAAGGCUGUUUCCAUUGAAUAAAGCCCGUGAUGCUGCUGAAGAGAUGCUUUCUGGUUUGCUUAAAAAGAAGGUCGAUGGGUUCAUGACACUGAUUGAGAAUGUGAACUGGAUGGCAGAUGAUUCUUCUCAAAGUGGGAAUCAAAGUGGGAAUGAAUAUGUGAAUGAAGUAAUUAUAUACUUGGAAACUCUAGUUUCUACUGCUCAGCAGAUAUUGCCAGUUCAGGUUCUUAAAAGAGUUCUACAAGCUGUUCUUUCUCACAUAUCAGAGAUGAUUGUGGGUGCAUUACUAGGGGAGGCAGUUAAGAGGUUUACCAUAAAUGCUGUUACAGGCAUUGAUGUUGAUAUACGGCUGUUGGAGUCAUUUGCAGAAAAUCUAGCUCCUCUUUUAUCUGAUGCAGAUGCAAAUCAGUUGAAAAAUGCACUUGCUGAGGUAAGGCAAUUGAUAAAUUUGCUUUUGAGCAAUCAUCCAGAGAAUUUCCUAAAUCCAGUAAUCAGGGAAAGAAGUUAUAAUGCUUUGGACUACAGGAAAGUAGUAAUCAUAUCAGAAAAAUUAAAGGAUCAAUCAGACAGGCUAUUUGGAACCUUUGGAUCUAGGGGAUACAAGCAAAACCCGAAAAAGAAGUCUCUGGAUACAUUGAUUAAAAGACUCAAGGACGUGAACUGAUUUUACAAAAUCCUGUAUGUAUGUCUAUCAUACUUUAAGCUAUACUUUAUUUUCAUCGUGAUUAGAAUUAGCUCAUAGUUCUUCAUUGCAAAUGUAAUCUUGCUCAUAAGCUUUAUAAGUUGUUAGUUUGAUUUCAUUGUGAGCUAUGCAAAUUUUAUUCUGUAGGUAUGGCAUUCAUGAUGUAUUGUUUAUCCUAUUAAAUUC